AUGAGUGGAUACAUCGUCUGCAGCGCCAAUACCGUCAUGGUGAUGCAUUUGCAUCACGCGGCCAACACAGUCAACGCCAUGGAACACCCGCUCGCGUUCAGGUCGAAUGUGCGCCCGGAGGUCACAAGCGCACUUUGCGAAUAUGCCAAGGAUACCCCCCGCUACAAGGUUAGUCUGGUGGAUGCUCGCAUCGAGAUUGCGCGCGCUUGCAAGACAGUUCUGGACGGCUUGGACAGCAAGGGUGAUCGCGGCAAACUGGAAAGCGCAGCGGUGCUGACGUUUGACGCAGAGACGCAGCUGCCAACGACAUCCCAGAUUAGCAGGGAAGCAGAAACGAAGGACAACAAGUGGACAGCGCUGUCUGUGGCCGAGUGGUUUCAGUCGUCGUCAAAGGAGGAGUUGGGGAUGUCGCACGCUUUCAGCGACGCUGUGGUCGCGGCUCUGCGGGCGCACCACUUGGCCGCAGUAGCGGCGGAGGGCGUCGACAUGCAGGCGCGGGCUUCGUCGGGCAAACGCUGCAUUGUAGCCGCCCGUAGACGCGAGGCGGAGGCCCUCGAGUUCUGGCCGCGCGUCCGGAAAUCCAUGAAGGUUGCCCAGAAAAGCACGCACCCCGAGAAAGUGCGAGCGAAUGUGCAUGUGAAGAAGGCAGACUCCUCGUCGGCGUUGGAACACCGAAUUGUGAAUAUCCACCCAGACGUCAAGCUGCCGACGAACACCACGCCUGCGGACGUUGAACCCCAUGGGACCACGUGGGAGUGGGAUACCAAAGAGAGCAUGCAGUACUUUUGGGCAGUGACCAGGCUCACUGCGGCGGAGCGGCAGAAGCGCGCCUCGAAAGAAGGUAGCGCACUUGCGCUGUUCAACGUGGAGCUCCCAGAGAAAGAGACGGCAGUCGCAAUGCCUGCUAAGGCCAAUUUAGCGCUGGCCAUUACAAUGCCAGCGCUGGCGAACACGGCGCCCGUGGAGAAGGGCAAGGAAUUGUCGUCGGAGGUCUCUGCCACAGCGGAAAAGGAAACGAAGUCAGAGGCAGAAACGUGGCGGACGGACGAGGCGAGGCAGGCGAAGAAGUUCAAGACG